UUGAUUUACUUUUGAAUCAAAUAUGUUUAAGAAGUCUGAGCUUACUUUUGGGGCAUAUAGAAGGAUGGAAUGAUUGGUGUGUCUCAGUUGUAAUUUCCUCUGAACCUUUUGUGCUCAACGGCAAAUGAAUCGAGUGUUUCUGAUGGGUUCAAUCUAAAGGCUUCUUCCCUAGGUUCUUUUGUUGUUAGUCGAUGUCUUAUUUUUGAAUCAUACUCUUUAUCAUUUAUUAUAGCUCCUCCUUAUUGCCCAUAUGUUCAAUAUUAACUGGAAUUUUCCUUGAUGGUAUUGAAAUUGUACGCUCCUUCUACCAGAAUUAACAGAUCUGUGGAUUCUUCUCUGCCUAUCAUGGUAAAGAGCCCUUUGUAGGGGAGCUUUCUGGCUUAUGGUUUUUUCGGUGCUUCAAACUCUUAAGAUUGCUGGUACAAGAUGGUUAAUGCCACUAAAGGAUUGUUCAUAUCCUGUGACAUACCCAUGGCGCAAUUCAUUAUCAAUUUGAAUUCUUCUUUGCCUGCUUCGCAGAAGUUCAUUAUUCAUGUUAUGGAUAGCACUCACCUCUUUGUACAACCCCAUGUUUCUGAAAUGAUACGAAGUGCUAUUGCUGACUUUAGAGACCAGAAUUCCUAUGAGAAGCCGAAUUGAUUCAGUUUUCUUUCCUUUUCUUUAUAUCAUGGAGGAGUUAUUGAGACAUGCAUACAUCUCAUAAGCACUUACUUUAACUUGUAUUUUUAGCAAUUUCGUUAUUCUCAUAUGUCAGAUGCAAAGAACAGCUCUUUUUUCUGAAGUCAAAGCGUCCUCUUGUAAGAACUUUUGUUGCUUUUCUCAAUACGUGUUUUUCAGUGGAGUUCUUCAAAUGGCCAGUUGAACUUUCAUAAUGUCAAUUAGAUUUGAUGAUCUCA